AUGGCUAAAAAGAGAAAGGCUGGAAAAGCCAAGGGCGGCGCCGUGGAGGGCACGUCCGAAACCAACUAUACCUUCGACCCUACAGAGACCUUUAACGACUCGGAAGACGAGUUUUUCGCCGGCCGAGACAAAAUCCUGCUGGACGAAGGACCUGCGGCGAAGCGGCGUCGGAGGAUAGAAGAACAAGAAAAGGAUCUACAACCGUCAGAUGAAGAGGUCUACCAGGAUCUAGAGUCGGAGCCCGAGACCGAGGACGACGAAAGGGCAGAGAGCGAUUUUGAAGAUGACGACCUCGGUCUCCAUCGCCGCAAACCCGGUCGAGAUGGAGAAGAGGAAGAUGAGGACGACAACAUCAACUGGGGCACAUCCAAGGCGGACUACUACAAUGCAGACGCUAUCGAGACAGAGGCGGAUGCGCUCGAGGAAGAAGCAGAGGCACGGAGGUUGCAGCAGAAACAAUUGCAGAGCAUGACAGAGGCAGACUUUGGCUUCGACGAGAACGCAUGGGUCGAUGACAGCAGACAAGCACCAGUGAACCGUCCGGCGGUUGAAAAGCUCCCUGAUGUCCAAGUGCCUGAAGACGCCACCGUCGAGGAACGCCUGCAGACUCUCCGAUCUCGAUAUCCCGAAUUCGAACCAUUGACCAAAGAUUUCUUACGGUUACAAGACACAUAUGGCGAAUUGAAGAAGGAGGCCAAACUAUCAAGUACAGACCAUGCAGAUGACAACCGGCGAGCGGUGUCCCUGACCAAAUUCCGCGCGCUGUCUGCAUAUCUAGGUUCCGUCGCCAUGUACUUGGCGCUUCUCACAUCCACCAAAUCUGGUCUGGCCUUGGCACCUGGGGAGCUGCGCGAGCAUCCGGUCAUGGACAAGCUUGUCCGGUGUCGAGAACUUUGGCUGAAGGCGGAGACGCUGCGUGCGAUUGAAGUACAACCGGUGCCCGAAGAGAAGCCGGCCUCGAUAGAGGUCAAGCCGACUCCGGGGGCGAAGAAACAGAAGGAGAAGAAAGCGAAGAAAGACAAAGCCAAGCGGAAACCGUCUCCAUCUCCGUCUCCAUCACCAUCACCGACGCCGUCGUCGCCGGAACUUGUCACCAUCCAACCGCAAAAGAAGAAGACAAAGAGAGAGAAGAGGCAGAACGAGAUCCAAACCCUGCUUGCGACGUCGCUGCAACAGCCUGUGGAGGACGAGUCGGACUUUGGCGAUGAAGCUCCGCUGACGCAGGAAGAAUUGGCAGAAAAGGCGCAACGAAAGAAGAGUCUGAGGUUCUACACGUCGCAGAUUGCCCAAAAGGCCAACAAGCGAGGUGCGGCCUCACGACAUGCCGGUGGCGACGACGACGUGCCGCAUAAAGAACGUCUGCGGGACAGGCAGGAGCGACUUACGCGCGAAGCGGAACUGCGAGGCAAAACCGACGCCCGGGGUCAAGAAGCCCUGGACGCCGACGCCGACGCCGACGACGGAGCCGGGUCUGACGAAGCAUAUGGUGAUGCCGACGCCCGACACGUCAAGUUGAAUGACGAAGCCAGCCAAUACUACGACACGCUGGUGUCCAAGCACAAGCAGAAGAGCGCCGACAAGCGGGCGCGGGCGGAAGCGUACGCCGAAGCGGCGCGGCUGGGGGCGGAAGUGUAUGAAGAAGAACAGGUUGGGCCGGACGGCAAACGCAGGAUCACGUACGCGAUUGAAAAGAACAAGGGACUGACGCCGAAGCGGAAGAAGGACGUGCGCAACCCGCGGGUCAAGAAGAGGAAGAAGUACGACGAAAAGUUGAAGAAGUUGGCCUCCAUCCGGCCCGUCUACAAGGGCGGCGAGGGGAGAGGUGGCUACGGCGGCGAGGCCACGGGGAUCAAGACCAACGUGGUCAAGAGUAUCAAGUUGUGA